GAGCCUAUCAAAAUGCAUAACAAAGUUGACCUUGUUUAUAACAUGAUCAAUUUGAUAGGAUGCGGUUCUACAUAUGUAUCAAACUUCUAAGAGUUGCAAAUUUCCAUGUUCAAUGCCGUGCCUUUAACGUUAUCCAAUACAUAAAUACAUAUUAUACUCAUUCAUAAUUGCAUUAUCUGUAGGGAAGGGUCUAAAUCGCGUCUUCACAAUUUAGUAAAUGCAUGUAUGUAUAUAUGCUAAAUGAAGCGUGCAUAGUCGCAACUUUGUAAUAAGAUUAGAUGCAUUAAUACGCUUUAGGUAAGUAUACGGUGCAGUUAAUCCUAAGUUGGGUACAUUUUUUAUCUAUCACUUAUUCUCGACGGUCAUAAAAAGCCGGUUCAGUUAAUUCAGUACAUGUGUCGAAUGCACGACAGGUGAAUGUGCUAUCUGUGUCUGGGACUGGAUGGACAGCUAGAUAUAUGGGUCGUCCUACAUAAAUUGAUCAGCAAGGUGUACGAACGACCACGUUCCCGUCGUGUGAUUCUUUUAACCAGCAAUAUUAAUUUUACUAUUUAUUUUAGCACCUCUCAUUGCACAAACCUACGUGUAAGGAAUCGAACGAUCAAACCAACCAAACCAUUACAAUUCACACCAUGCACAGAAUUUCCUCAGUAUGGUUCAGAUUUUUCCCGAGGCAACAUCCAUUCAUCUACAUACACAAUAUUAGACAUAGAAGCAUCGUUCCCAUUACUUAAAUAUACAGUACCAAUAAUACAUAAGCAAAUCCAUAUUGCAUUCGCUAUCCUCCAUUCAUCCAGACUCUUUUCUCCAGUUUGAACUCUUGAUUCUAUUUAUACCAAACAUUCUGCAUGUUGCCGUUGGCUGACUAAAAUAGUUACAGCUAAUAGCUAAAAAUUUAGAAUACUUUGCUGUUAGUAAGUCGAUUACGAAAUGGUUAUAGAAAGUGGGACAGUGGGCGAAAGUGCUGUAGGGAGCACUACCACUUCAAAUUGUAGUUGGGCUAGUGGUUCUAUUAAUAAUGGGAAACACGACCAGGGUAAUAAUGAGUCGGAACAAGCCUGUUGCACUUCCGAGAACAACGGAGCUGUGGGUGGAGAACAGAGAAGACGAAGUUUGUCGACAUCGGCGUCGUCCAAUUUUCAGACCUUGUUGGAAAAGAUUCAGACCAGGAUUGAGAGUGGAGACCCAUUCUUCUCAUUAGAAUUCUUCCCACCCAGAACAAAGUCUGGUGCUGUAAACCUCCUAGCAAGAUUUGACCGUUUCCGAAAUGGUGGUCCUCUCUUUAUAGAUGUGACCUGGCAUCCUGCAGGUAAUCCGGGUGGGGACACGGAAACUUCGUCCCUUAUGAUUGCAUCGGCCGCAUUAAACUACUCCGGUCUGGAUACUGUACUUCACAUGACGUGUUCAGAUUCUGGCGUGGAUGACAUUAACCGACAUUUGGAAAAGGCUAAGGCACAAGGAGUUAGAAACAUUUUGGCAUUGAGAGGAGAUCGAAACGAUGAUCACGCACCAACAAGUCAACCCCACUUCAACUAUGGGUCCGAACUCGUUCAUCAUAUUCGAUCAAAUUAUGGGAAUGACUUUGUCAUCGGCGUCGCCGGAUAUCCAACACGCCAUCCGGAAUCCAUCUCGGAUGAUGACGAUCUUCUUUAUUUAAAGAAAAAGGUGGAUGCUGGAGCCGACUUUAUCGUUACGCAGCUCUUUUUUCAAGCCGAAGUGUUUAUAAGAUUCGUGGAGAAAUGUCGAGCGAUUGGGAUUCGGGUGCCAAUUAUCCCUGGAGUUAUGCCGAUACAGUCAUAUGAAUCCCUAAGACACAUUGUAAAACUGAGCAAGUUGUCCAUUCCACCAGAAAUAUUGGAGAAGAUUGAACCCAUUAAGAGCAAUGACGAAGCAAUUCGAAAUUAUGGGAUUCAUCAGGCUGUAGAAAUGAUUAGAGCCUUGUUCCAGAGUGGAAUUGCACCUGGUGUUCAUUUUUAUACGUUGAACAGAGAAGUUGCAGUAAUGACCAUAGCUAAACAGCUUGGCCUAUGGAAUCCAGACCCUCAACGUCCUCUCCCUUGGAAAGUUGUGCCAAAUUAUCGACGUUGUGCAGAAGAAAUUCGACCCAUUUUUUGGUCUGCACGACCAAACGCUUACAUCUACAGAACUCGCCAUUGGGAUGACUUCCCCAAUGGCAGGUGGGGAUCUGCGGAAUCCCCUGCUUUUGGGGAGCUUAAGGACUAUUAUCUAUUUUAUCUCAAGAGUAAAAGUGCAAAGGAAGAAUUGUUGGAAAUGUGGGGACCAUCUCUUUACUCGGAGCAAGAUGUUUGGGAUGUCUUUUAUGCUUACUUAAGCGGCGAAGAUAAUGCAAAUGGUUCAAAAGUUACAAAGAUUCCUUGGAAUGAUGAAGAGCUCUCUCCAGAAACUAACGAAAUCACAGAGAGACUCGCCUAUCUUAACAAAAGGGGAGUCCUCACAAUUAACUCGCAACCCAACGUGAAUGGUCUCUCAAGUUCAGACCCUACCCAUGGAUGGGGCCAGGUUGGAGGGUACGUCUACAAAAAGGCUUACCUGGAAUUCUUUACUUGUGCCAAAAAUGUGAAAAAUCUUAAACGUAUUUUGGCCAAUCAUCCACAAGUCAAUUAUCACAUCAUUAGCAAAAAUGGCAAGUUUAAUUACACAAAUGCUCAUCGACAAUGCCCGAUUGCGGUUACUUGGGGUGUAUUUCCUGGAAGAGAAAUCAUCCAACCUACCGUUGUAGAUCCCGAGUCAUUCUUGGUAUGGAAGGAUGAAGCUUUCGCGUUGUGGAGAGAACAAUGGGGAAAAUUAUAUCCGGAAGGAUCAAAAUCUCGACAAGUUAUUGACGCAAUUUCUGACUCCUACUACUUGGUUAAUCUAGUUGACAAUGAUUAUCCAAAGGAGACUGUACUGUGGGAAAUACUUGAUCAAAUGCUAGAACUUGGUGGAGGGAGUGGAAAUGAUGAUACAGAUAAUCAUAGCUUAUCAGAGUGUUCGGAUGUGUGGUCUGAAUCGGAUGACGAUCUGAUUGCUCAUCUUCAGCUAUCGGUCAAAUUAGACCAGAACUAACUUGUCCAAUUAAAUAAUAUGUAUUAUUGUAAAAGUGAAAGUAUCGUGUUCAUGUGUGACUUUUGUCUUCCAGUUCAUUAUGGUUUUUUAUGUGUACACCAGAAGGAUAAAUCACAUCAGGACCAGUAAUAAUAAUAAUACGGAUAAUAAUGUAAUGUUGUGCUAAUUCGAUAACGGCGAGGCUAUAAUACUGUAUGUAACAAUUAUUUGCUCUGUGAUUUGAAUUUCAAGUAUUGAACAAGUCAGAACCUGUUUCAACAAAGUUAAUCUCAUAUUAUGUAUAUGGACAUGCGUUAAAGUUGUCCUUAUUUUAAAUCAACUAGUAUUAAAUAAUAAUUGAACUUCAAUUUAAUUUAAUAACUUCAAUUGUUGAAGUUAUUGCCAGUAUGAUUACUCGCCCUUCAUGUUAUAGAUAUUUGUGUCACGUUUUAUUUCAUCAAUUGUAUUAAUAAAAGCUUCUUGCCAAUCUUUCGAUGAUCAA